AUGAAAACCCUGGUAGCUACCUUUAUUCUAUUUUUUAUGAUGCUGCAAUUAGGCGCAUAUUUAACGAUAGCAGAUGCUUCAGUAAUGAGAGAAAGCACCCAAAUCAGAUGGGAUAAGUUAGAGCGACCGGAUGUUGUCAGAAGUGUAUUACAGUAUCAUCAGAAAAAAACCAUCGAUAAGAAAGAAGAAAAAAAUAUCAAUAUCAGAAUAUUUGGAGGAAAACGUUGA